GGAGUUAAGGGGGGCAGCAGAAAAAGAUUGUCUCAGAGUCGUCAGCAGAAGUGAUGGACUCAGCACAUAGAAAGUGAUAGUCUUCUCCUACCGGGCUACAGAGAGCACACUGACCAGAUGCUGCUGGCCUCUCACUGCCUGCUGCUCUAUCACUGCCUCUGGGGAAACUACUCAUUACAUCUAACACAUUUGGAUGUAUUCUCUUUUAAUUGGUGCCAAAGAGCAAGUGAUCCAGAGAGAGAGGGACAGCCCCAAGCAGCUUUUACACAGACUGGUGAUGACUUUCUUCAAGGGGACACGUCAAUCAGUGUUGCCGGGAGGGCAAGGGAACUGAAGGGAUAACAAGCUACAGUCUACAAUUAUCUGGUGUGUGUGAGUGAGAGCCCUUCCCAGACUGAUGGAGCUCCCCGUGGUGCUGCUGUUCCUAGUGUAUGGUCUUGUCUCUGGAGCCCAGCAGUCCCAGGGUCAGGGGAACCCUCAGGAGAACAACCCCCAGGCCAGGAGCAAGGAAAGGGAGAGCAGUGAGGAUGGCCUGGAGAGAGAGUUCCUGUAUGCUGGGCAGAGGAGCAGGCAAGCCCCCGCCGAACCUCAGCAGCCUGACCAAUGUUCCUACACCUUUAUCGUUCCCCAGCAGAAGGUGACAGGGGCCAUCUGUGUGAACCGCAAGGAGCCGGAUGCAGCGCUGGAGAACCGCGUCAACAAGCAGGAGCUGGAGCUGCUGAACGAGGAGCUGCAGAAGCAGAAGAGGCAGAUCGAGACGCUGCAGCAGCUAGUGGAGGUGGACGGAGGCAUCGUAAACGAGGUGAAGCUGCUGAGGAAGGAGAGCAGGAACAUGAACUCCAGGGUGACCCAGCUCUACAUGCAGCUGCUACACGAGAUCAUCAGGAAGAGGGACAAUGCCCUGGAGCUGUCCCAGAUGGAGAACCGCAUCCUCAACCAGACCUCGGAGAUGCAGCAGCUCACUAACCGCUACAAGGACCUGGAGCACAAGUACCAGCACCUGGCCUCUCUGGCCAACAACCAGUCAGUCCUCAUCGCUCAGCUGGAGGAGCAGUGCCAGGGUCGGCCCGUCAGCCCCCCUCGCCCUGUUCCCGUCCCCCAGCCAAGGCCACAGCCCCCACCCCCACCUGCACCAUCACCACCCAUCAACAAGCCCUACCAACCUCCCACCUACCCACGCCUCACCAACCAGAUCACCAACGAGAUUCAGAGUGACCAGAAGUCUGUACUGCCUGUCAUUCCUACCAUGCCCAGCGGCACAGGCAGCCCCUCUAUCACUACCAAACCCUCUGGGCCAUGGAAGGACUGCCUACAGGCCCUUGAGGAUGGCCACACGGCCAGUGGCAUGUACCUGGUGAAGCCAGAGAACGCCAACAAACUAAUGCAGGUGUGGUGUGACCAGAGACACGACCCUGGUGGCUGGACCGUCAUCCAGAGGAGACUGGACGGCUCAGUGAACUUCUUCAGGAACUGGGAGACUUACAAGCAAGGCUUUGGGAACAUCGAUGGAGAGUAUUGGCUGGGCCUGGAGAACAUCUACUGGCUGACCAACCAGAGGAACUACAAGCUGCUGGUGACUCUGGAAGACUGGUCUGGCAGGAAGGUGUUUGCAGAGUACGCCAGCUUCAGGCUGGAGCCUGAGGCAGACUUCUACAAGCUCAGGGUGGGCCGCUACCAUGGCAACGCCGGAGACUCCCUCACCUGGCACAAUGGCAAACAGUUCACUACGCUGGACAGAGACCAUGAUGCAUAUACAGGUAACUGCGCCCACUACCAGAAGGGAGGCUGGUGGUACAAUGCAUGUGCUCAUUCUAAUCUCAACGGAGUAUGGUACAGAGGAGGACACUACCGCAGUCGCUACCAAGAUGGAGUCUACUGGGCUGAAUUCAGAGGAGGUGCCUACUCCCUGAAGAAAGUAUCUAUGAUGAUACGACCGAACCCAAACACCUUUCAUUAAAUAUCCAUUAACAAGACAAAUUAGCCCCUUUUCAAAACGACUUCCUCUCCACAAAAACUUAAAUUCAAACAACAACUCUUGAACUCUGAAAUAAAGGCAUCUCACACAGCCAGAUCAAGAAGAUGAUGACAUAGAAAGUGCAAUAUCUAAGCCUCAGGCAGGACUCUUGGAAGAGCAAUAAAGGAGAAGCAGGGUGCAUCCUGUUGCUCCACAGACAAACACAUGUAACGGUGUGGCUGUAUGCUUGCUUCGCUCCCUUUAAAUUUAGUUCAAAUGUGUCUGUUUACUUAACUUUGAGCAAAGUGUACUGCUGCCUUAGAACUGAUGGUACGGUGUGAUUCAUAUGGGAGAAAACAGGAGGAAAAGAGGAGAGCGUAUGUCAGUUCACAGUGCUCACACUAAGUAGCUUGGGAUAGCAAUUCUAUAUUGUAGUCCGUAUGUGUUAUAGUGCAGAACAUAAUUUUAUGAGAAUGAAGAUGACACAGGACAAUAUAUCCAGUGACUAGCCUUAUGGUGUUUAAAUCAAGCUCUUCAGGUGAGUAAUUUAUAGGAAACAAUAAUCACAUUUCUUAAACCAUGGUAUAGACAGUUACUCUUAAUAUGUUAGCCAUAAUCUUUGUCAACAUACACAAUCUAAUGUCUACCACCUAUGUAAAAGGGGGAAUAGAUACAAUAGUUUGCUCUACAGCACUGGUACUGUCAACAGUUAUGACCUGAUAUCUGGCUUACAAACUCAAAGUAAACAAUGAUUUAGAUCAUUCCACUAAACAUACUGCUAGUGUGGCGGAGUGCAAGGUACAGGGAAUAAUGACAACUCACUUAAUCAUACAGUGCAUUCGGAAAAUAUUCAAACCCCUUGACUUUUUUCACAUUUUGUUACGUUACAGACUUAUUCUAAAAUUAAUUAA